AUGCCAACCGCUGUCGAGAUCAAUACCUUCUAUCAUCAGUCCCAACUCGUAAACGCAGACUACGAAAGUGUGGUCCGCCCGAAUGCAGAGACCCUGUACUCCAUGGCCUUCCUCGAUCUCGCCGGAUCCGGCUUGCAAGAUGCAAUGACGCUUCUGUUGGAGAAUGGACACGAUCCAGAUCCAUACACUGCCGACGGCCAAACACCCUUGUUGUGGGCGGCCAACAAGGUCCGAAGAGUUAGCGCGCUGCACAUGACCCGGGAGGGAGAGGGGGGAAGCGAAACCUUUUGGAACCGACCUCCAGAGGAAGCAUGGAGAUCAGGACUGUGCAACGGGAUCCUCGACAUGUUUGACAAGCUGUUUGGGAAGAAGGAAGACGCCGUCUUGCCUCUUCACCAAUGCACGAGAGUGUAUGGUAUCGCGAGUUACGCGCUGCACAUGACUGCUUUGUUUGCGCAAAUGUUCUCGGUCGGGCUUGUCACAUACUCUGGAGGGCAUGGCUCAGAUUUGUAUAUGGCUCGCAUCUCGCGCACGAUCAAAAGGUUCCGCCUCCUGGGCGUUAUGCCCACCGCUUCAGGCACUAUUGUCGAGAGAGUAGAGCUCUCCUGUCUCGGAGGACUGGUACUAAAGCCGGUGUGGGCUUUCAAAUUGGAUCCAAUCCCCGAAUUGACGGCCUGGACGCGAGGUGUGGUCGAUCCUGGAAGUAUAUAUCGAGUUCGACAUGAUAUCGAGGCGAGAAUCUGCCAGCUGCUCGAUAUUUGGGAUACCACGAUUGUUAUCGAUGACAAACCGGUGACAGAGCGUGUCAAGCUCCGUAUGGGCAACGGGUUUUCUCUCAGAAGCCAAGCGGCCGAUUUUCUCAUUCACGGCACACGAUAA